AUGCAAGAAGUCCGAGAAAAUUCCAACGCUCAAGGGUCUACUGUCGGAAACAAUGUCAGUCGAUCUUCCAAGCGCCGUCAAGUGCGCAUGGCCUUACUUUGCUGCUUUUUGAUACUAGCCGCUGCAGCUGGGGCAGUCGUGGCAGUCUUGAAACUGAAGGAUCCUGAAGAUAUCAUUGACACUUCCUCCAACAACAACAACAAGACAACCCCGCACGUUACUUCCUCUGCUCCCACUGAAUUGAUCUCUAGUAAUCCGACACAUCGGCCAAGCCUACCUGGGUCUCGAACCACUUCUGCUCCAACACCGAAUCCGAGUCUUGGACCUACAUAUCGACCUAGUAGUUCGGAACCAUCAAGGUCGCCGACAUCAAGUCCAACUCGACCAUGUAUUCAAAGUGACGCGGAGCUCUCGGAUGCAGUUCGUGACUGGCUACAGGAUUCUCAGAUAAAGACAAUAGUUGAGAACCAAUAUGGAUCGAUCGGCGACUGGUGCUUCGGUCCAAGUGUAACGAGUAUGGAAUCUCUGUUCCGAAGUCAGUCUACUUUC